UGUCGUCAUCUAAUUAAAAUAUUACCGUCAUCACCAAAUGUAGCUUGAUAACAUAUUGACUCCAUCGUCAAAGUCGCGCCAAAACAACCAGCAGACGACUUGCCCUCGCAACUCUUCCUCGAGAGGAGGAGCAUCGAGAGCAUGACCUGAGUGACCUGAGAGCAACUUGCCCCCGCGAGUAAAACGACCAUCCGCCAUACUGCUUCCUGACAAGGGCGCACCCGAGAGUUGACAGGUCAAAAAGAGACCUCGAGUCAAACAAACCUCUUGUAACUUUUGAUAGUGUUGUUAGCUGUUUGUCUAUACAAAAUAUCAUUGUUAAAAACAUUUUAAAAAUAUGAAAAAGGCAGCGAAUGAAGACUUGAUGGUGAAGCAGGAGCCCAGUGAGAUAGUUUUCCCUCUAAUCAAAGAGGAGUCGGUGAAUGAACAGCCGGCAGAUGGAGACGUCUGUGUGAAGCAGGAGCCGAGCGAGCUGGGUUUCCCGCCAAUCAAGGAGGAGUUGGAUGGACCAUGUGAAGACAGCUGGCAGCCAGAACCCGGCAGUUCCUCUGCCAGCCAGGACUACACUCUGUGCAAGCAACAAGUGAAGGAGGAGAUAACUAUAGAAGAGCACCCUAUAGCUGCAGCCACAGCAGAUGUAUGGAAUGAUCCACACAGCUGUGUGGGUUACCAUGGCAACACUUCAUCAGGAUGCAUUGGACACAGAUCCCAAGACUCACCAGACACCUGCAUCUUAAUCAAGCCAGAAUGUGAAGACAGCUGGCAGCCAGAACCCGGCAGUUCCUCUGCCAGCCAGGACUACACUCUGUGCAAGCAACAAGUGAAGGAGAUAACUAUAGAAGAGCACCCUAUAGCUGCAGCGACAGCAGCUGUAUGGAAUGAACCACACAGCUGUGUGGGUUACCAUGGCAACACUUCAUCAGGAUGCAUGGGCCACAGAUCCCAAGACUCACCAGACACCUGCAUCUUAAUCAAGCCAGAAGUGACUAACACUGAACCCAUGAAAUUAUCAAGCUACUCAAACUGUCACCCUGAAUCCAGAGAAAAUUAUUGUGUUAGCAAUUGUAUACCGACACAGCAGCGCACUAUUACACACACAGGCCAAAAACGUUUCUUUUGUCAAUUAUGUUCUGCUAAGUUUAGCAAGUCUUCUAAUCUCAAGCAGCACUCUCUAACACACACUGGAGAAAAACCUUUCUCUUGUACUGAAUGUUCUGCUAAGUUUAGCAAGUCUUCUAAUCUCAAGGAGCACUCUCUUACACACACUGGAGAUAAACCUUUCUCUUGUACUGUAUGUAUUGCUAAGUUUAGGAAAUCUAGUCAUUUGAAGCAUCACUCUCUUACACACACUGGAGAAAAACCUUUCACUUGUACUGUAUGUUCCGCUAAGUUUAGGCGGACUAGUACUCUGAAGCAGCACUCUAUUACACACACUGAAGAAAAACCUUUCACUUGUACUGUAUGUUCCGCUAAGUUUAGGCGGGCUAGUACUCUGAAGCAGCACUCUCUUACACACACUGGAGAAAAAUCUUUAUGUUAAUUAUUAUUAUUUUUUGUAUUUUAUACAUUAAUGCCAUGCAUGUGCUCUCUCUGGUAAAUAUAUUCAGUAAAUCUUUAAUAAUACAUAUCUGAGGUGACAGAUAUUUUAACCACUUUGUAAUAUUGUGAUAUGUAUUUACCAUGCUUCCCCACAUUAUACUAAAAUUAUGUGCAAUAUUUUAGACACACUACUACAAUCAGCAUAAGAACAUUCUUCUAAUAAAAAAUAUAAUUGGGCUACAUAAAAGUCAACUCAAAGUUAUUAUAGUUUUGGUAUGUUGCUACAACUUAUAUAUUUAUUAUUUCACUGAGAAUAUUUUGGUAAAAAAAAUUAACUAUUUGUUUUUCUUUAAUUUUUUUAAAACAUAAUUUGUAUGAAGCUAUACAACUGAUCGUAAGCAUUGAUUGUUUCAUUGUCAGUAUUGCUGGAAAGUAUAAAUAGAAGGAAAACUCAUAAACUCAUUUAAUAUAUAAGUACCUCUCUUCCUGUAUUUUUUUCUUUCUUCAACAUAUAAUUUCAAUUUACAUCAAUAAACAAGGCAUGUCCAAACUCAUGACAUUAAAAACCACAAAAGUUUAAACUUAAGUUAAUUGAAAUAAUUAAUUUUAUUUGUUAUGCAGUAGUCUCGCUUAUCAUGACCUCACUAGUCCAGACAUCCGUUUAAUCUGUACAAAUCUAGAAAUAAAAAAUAAAGAUGAUAAAAUAUGUUGUGGCACUGGAAAAGAAGACAAAACAAUUCUAAGAUAAGAAAGGGUACGCUUUCCCUCAGUUGCCGGAAUUCCUGCCACCAGUUUUCCGCUCAUCGUCUGUAUUCAUUGGAGUGACUCACUCUAUACAUAGUUGCGAGUUGUUUUGUUUUGUUUCCUUUAGUCAAUGAUUCUUGUGCUGGUGAAAGUGCUUGUGACAGCUAUUUUUAUUGAGUGCGAGUGUCUUAUUGUGUGCACUUAUUAAGAGUGUCGCUGGUAUCACUAGAGGAAUAGGAAACCCUAACAAGGCAGGAAAGAACUGAUGCGAGUGUGUCAGAAAAUUAGGUGCCCAGAGGAUUUCGUAAAUACAACUUUUUAUUAACAGAAAUAUUCUAACAAACAAAUAGCUCAUCUGAUUCUCGAACUGACAUUGAUCGUUAUGAAGCGGCACCCCUGAGUGGUGGUGUUGAAUACUCGUCAUUGGACGGCUAUAACACAGAACACACAAAAAUUAACAAUCUGAUAAUUUAUCAAAGCAACACCCUUAAUCAAGUCGCCUGCCUCGGCUCUACCUACUCCGCAUACAUCGUCAAUCACAAAAGUGGUUUGCCAUAGAUUUACUAGGUGACCUUUACAUAAAUAUUAUAAACCAUUGAACAAAUUCUCAAAGAAAAUAUACAUACAUAUAAAAAUUACCUAAAAGGGAUAUAAUCAAUAACAAGUACUGGCUGUGCUUCCAUAAUUAAAAUUAACUGAUUUGAUAUCCGUAGAAGUUGGCUUAAAGUUUUAAUUAUGUCCACAAAAUGUCUCGCCGUCACCCAAAUCACUCGUAUUCCCCGUGGUUAUUCUUACGCCCAUCGUGACAUGUGUACAUACAGAAACUUGUCUUAUGAACAUGGUGGUACGUUUGCCUGAGUUCGUUACAUAGGGAGUUCUCUGUCGACGUAAGUACAGUAGAAUCUCGUUAUAGCGAGCACGGUAAUAGCGAGAACACGGCUAUAACGAUGUAUUUUUUAGGAAUUUACGGCGUGAUCGCUUGAAGCGCGUUUUUGUUAUUUGUCUGCUUUAUCUCUACCCCUCUCGCUCGCCACUAGACAUCUUGCCGUUGACGCGUCACAUUCUUCAGCCGUGCAGUCGCCACCUAAGUGCGUGGCUUAAAAAUAGAAUCCCAUCCUUUCUUUCUUUUAUCAAACUUCCGUUAGUUAUCUGUGCAGUGUGUAGACAAAGUUUGAGAUUGGAACAGAAACAACGUAAGAAAGUAUUUUUUACAAAUUGGAAAUAUGUAUGUUUUUGUUUUUAUAAUCACGUAUUUUCACGUUUUUUGUUGUUGUUAUCUUAAAAGAGAUAAUAUUAAAAAGCCGCUCUAAUGAGAUUUAAUUGUUUCUUGGUUAACAAAAACUAUUAAUUAUCAAAUAUUGUUAAUUGUUUAUAUUCUAUUUAUUAUUAUUUACGCGACGUCAUACUGUACGCGUACGCAAUACGACUGGAUUCGUUGCUGCAACAUAACAUAGCAUGUUAUGCGAUAUCAGAAGUAAUGAGUAACGUAACGAUAGUAACAAGUACUAAUUGUUAUAGUAACGAAUACAUACGGGUACACAUUUUUUCGUUACUUUUACACCUCUAGUAGGCACUACCGUAUUUAUUUCCGAAUCGCUAGGACAGUUUUCUUGUAACUUUUGUUUCGGUCAGUUUUUGAGGUAUCUGUCCGGGAAAGGGGUGGUGAAGGUUUGAGUUUAAUCCCAAAUUUAUUUUCUGAAACAGUUGACAGGUUUCUUUAAAUGAAAAAAGUAUAGUUUUCCAGCGACUAUUACGUUUGAGGCGUACGUGCGUUGCCGCAGCCGCACUCCUGCUUUUUUGUAAGGAAUUAAAUCGUCGCGCUACACUAGCACCACCUGUUAACAACAUCCUGAACCAACAUGGCCGCCAGCAGACAGCCCACGUCGACGAUAGAUAGCAGGACAACGCUGCGUCGGCCGCGGGCUGAGAUGCUAUACUUACGUGGCGUGGUAGGGUAUUCUGGUUAUUUUGACGCAAUCGGUGAUCGCAUCCGUACUUAUGGGGUAUAGUUUUAAAGAGAAUUCACACAUCUGCUCACAGAACUUAAGAUUUCGUUAAUAUAACCUGUUAUUUUCCAAUUAUACAGGUUUAAACACAAUUUUUAUGCUAUUUUUUGUUAAUUUUUAUUUUUUGGGGGCCAAUAUAUGUCCAAUUCGGUUAUAGCGAGGAUAAAACCCGGAACCGUGACACCUCGCUAUAACGGGACUCUAGUGUAUUUGCAUUUACGUAUUGUGUUCUGUUAAUGUUUUCUGAAGAUCCCUCUUGCUCGCCCUCCUGGAAGUUGCCUUGCACUCGCCUAUUACGACUUCUAACUUGAGACUUGAAUUCCGAUUCUCCAGGGUUUUAUGCUUGCAAAGCGACACUAUCUUCCUUCACUUGUCUCUAUCAAUGUUUAUGCCAUGAAAAGGUCUCACCAAAAUGAAGUCCGUCGGGGUCUCUAGGCAGCGGCGAUUCCACGAUGUUGACAGCGUAGGGCGGCGAGCGGUGUCCGAGCAGCGCGGCGGCCUGCCUCGGUGAAGUCCCAGUUGAUCUGCUUUCUGUUGACUCGAAACAUGGCCCUUUUAUACUCGCUGAACUCCUUACCAGGCUAGAACGAAUGGUCUCGAACGUUUGGGGCAACGAUGGCCGUCUUCCGUUUCCGGUGAAUCGGCGCGCAACCGAUGACGCCCGACCACUUCCGAUAAAGCCCUGUCAUGUCUUGUGGCAUGGUCGCUCCAUGUGGUGAGAGCUGAAUAUUUCUGCCUGUUGUAUGGGAAGGGUGGCCUGGCUGAUCUUAGCGGAGAUCCCUGCAAGGGGUAGGUGGGAACGGCCUGAUUAGCUCGGGUACCUUCCCCCACCGAGGGAUGCCCUCAAAAUGGCUGGCUGUAUCUUGUCGUGGGUCCUGAUUGUUGUUCGGCCUGUCUUGUCAGCCCCUAAGUUCCUGCGUAAGUUGGGGUCGAAAUGGUGCCGGGAAGAACGCCGUCGGAGGAGUCCGGGGUGUGCUACUGCGCCUCCUCUCGGCUGCAGAGCGAUCUCGGGCCUUCUCGUAGACCCAGGGGGCCGGAGUCCGGGAAUCGCCCUCUACGGGGAUGUAGCGAGGGUAGGAGGGGGGGUAGAGCGCUGGUGUUCGCCCCGUUUGGGUGCGGUGCUGGACCCCUCCUCUGUUGGAGAAUGGCAUUCGUUGUUAGGAGCUUACCCUGGUGAUGCUGACGGCCGCUGAGGUGAGGCGGCCGAGGGGCAGGCUGACCCCUCCUGAUGCCACUCCUGGCUGUGUCAACCAGGCGACGAAGGUGCCCGGGUAUCUCUCUCCCUGUAGAGAAGGCCAGUCCUAACAUUCACUCCGCCACAACUCUGACUCUCGCUGAGGUCCGAUGCAGUCGGCGCGGAAGCUCUCUACUAGACUCGGCACUGAAGGCGCGGUGAGAAGAUUCGGCUCGGCACUAAAAGCGCGGUGAACGUGGCGAACUGCCUGUGGUUUCUCUGGGGCACCAACUGACCUCCUGGCCCAAGGGCCGGCCUUUUAUACCCAUCCUGAGGGCCGGGGCGUGACGUAGGAAGGGCUGGGGUUCCAGGAAUCGCGGACACUUCCAGGAAUUCCAGGCGGCCGUAGGGCUGUGCGCACAACGCCGGCCCGGUGGGAGAGGGGUAGGCGUGAGGAGGCGUGCGAGAGGGGGGGGGAGCUGCGCGCACAUUCGCUAGCCGGUACUGAGAGGGGUGGCGGCCGCUGGGAGGUGAGGAUGCGCGCGCACUCGUCUGGUUGCCAUGGGCAAACGAGGACGCGGCGGUGGUUGGCAGCUAUCUCGGCCGUCUGUGGCGGCCCGCACACCUGUUUAGGAAGGGAGGGGCUGACGGCUUCGAGAUUACAGACGCGCGUGGCACGUCGCACGUCAUCCCGACCACCAGCCCCUGCGCUCAGUGCUGCGCGGGCGGCAUCCACAGACUGUUAGGGGCACUGUAGAUUCUGAGUGUGUACGACGGUACACACGUUACAAGAGCAAGGUAAUGGCUACCAAAUGUAAGAAAGUGACUGUAGCAAUGGAGAAACAACACCAAGCCUUAUUUCGUAUUGAUGUUGGUGAAACGCUAACUAUAAUCGUGCAAGAUUUAGGAGUGGGAAAACAAACUGUUUCUGAUGGGAAAAUAUCUAAAUGAAAUUGAAGAUUUUUAUGUGAAAAUGGUGAAAAACAUUCUGGGUAACAGAAGAACAUUUUAAAUGCCAAGGCAUGCCCCGAGCCUAAUGUAUUAAUUGAUUAAGACUGAAUUACGUUAAUAGAUCUAGUUCAGUUCGGCGAUGCAAAUGGAUGAAGUCCCCGGGAUGCGUAUGUGUUUUACCUCACCGUUGCCUGCUGCAGACUGGGAUGGAAGGGCGCACUCCCACUGGCGACAUGGCGUCGUCCGCUGAACCACAGGACCAUUACACUGGUUUAGUUAUAUGCCACGGGGAAACAAGGAGGCCACUCUUAUAAUACUAACAUAAAAAAAUACAUGCCGUCUAGUUACUUAGCUACAUGUGAACAUACAGUUAUUACUAAACUAACUUAUAAACAGUAUCCAGGUUAGUUCGUUUCCGGUCCGCUAUGCUGCCGUUGUUGUACCGAAGCACUGAGCUUAAAAUGCCGUUAUCCUGUAGUUCGUGGCGUGCUGUUUGAAAACACACAACUACAUACUUCCUUAUUUCCAUGCCAGAAAGAAAGGGAUGAAGCUUAAGGAAAGGAGUUUAUUCUUGCCAGGCUUAUGGGGCGAAGCCCCUAUUGACGUCAGUUGUACCCUCCGAGCCUGGUUGUGGUUUGACGAUGCUACUUUCUGUUGGCAAAGUGGGCGUGUCCGUUUAUGUAGUGUCAAUCACUCAGAUCCUGACUUGUUAUGUUGCAACAGCUAGGUGCCACGGAUUCUUUGCGGGGUGUGAGGUUGUAUCGGUACAUCGUCCACCAAGUUUUGGGUGUCUCUUGCUCCGAGUCAGAAUCCGAAAGUUCCUUGACAAUCGCACGGAAAAUCAAACCCUCUAGCCAGUAAUGGAGUGGGCACAGUUGUUAGUCAGGUGAUGACGGUCUCUCUUCCUCGUCGUUUGGCACCUGUAUCAAUGGAGACGUGCUGACGCUCCGACUGACGAGUUCCCCAUCGACGUUGCCGCCAAGUACCUGUAAGGAAGUUUCCUCAUCUAAUACGGCCUGGAUCAUCCGUCUCUCCCGCCUCGUGUGCAAUUCUUAUGUUAUCCUUGUGGUACUUGGCUGUGCGGCAGAGGACAGUUUUAUUACGAUCACAGUGGACCAGCUCAUAUCACAGACACGGAACAAUCCACUUGGGAGCUAAUUCUGCACAGAACUUGCAGGUUCCUGCUGAGAGCGACAGUAGACGUGCGAACAAGUUGUCAAGAUGUUAACAUAGCUGGUGGGUAUUGUAUUUACCAGUGUGCGAUGCGACUGAUAUACUGCCUGUUUUUGUUGCUCUUGUAGCAUUGCACAAUGAGGAUUUGUUUUUUAUGUAUAUAUUUAUAUGUGUGUGUGUGUGUAUAUAUAUAUAUAUAUGUGUGUGUAUAUAUUGGGUCAUAAGAAUAUUGAUUAAAAAUAACUUUGAUAUGAAGGAUAAUAAUUUUUUAAUAUGUAGAUAAGGAUAGUGGUUAAGAUAUGUUAAGAAUUGUUAUUAAUUACUUUGGUUAAAUUUCAUGGAAAGCCUUGAAAUACUUAUUUUCUUGAGAUAAUUAUUAAUUUGUGGGUUAGCUCCAGUUCAUAAUAAUUUUGAUAUUUGAUAGUUAAUUUCAGUAAUUGUUUUAUUUAAAGCAGUGUAGACUAUAAUUUUACAGGACAUAAUUUUUAAACUAAAAUUUCUAAUACUAAAUGAAUUUCAACUUUGAUUACUAAAUUUUGAACAUUGUAUUUAAAUUUGUUGGGUAAUUUUAAAUUCUAUUGGAUAUUGCUAGUGGAAUAUUUCGAGAAUAGUCUGGAAGGUACAGAAGGAGGAACGGACAGGCGCGACACCCUGGCACCAGAAAGUUAUUUUUCACUUUGUAAAUGCGUGUUUGGGAUUUACGGGUCACGUGGACGCACAGCUGUAGCGACCGUCUGGUAGGUUCUCUAGAGGCUACCACUAGCCAGCCAAUCAGGGCGAGCCCUGGUGUGGAGUGAGGCGCCCAUCCGAAUUUCCUUAUAUGGUGGGCGGUACCCACUAAUGUUUCAGACGGAAAUUAUGGAUUAUUGAAUGUAAAUUUCCUAACAUCUGUGGUGUUCGACCCAGAAUGAAUGAAUUGAAUAAUGUGACUUAACCUUACUCGAAUUAAAACUGAAAGUAUUCGUUAGUGUAAUUAUUUUAUCCGUGGUAAAUAAAAGUAUGUGGUAUCGGUGAUAAA